GAGUUGACGUUCAGUACGAAAAGGCGAGCAGGUGAAAAGGUACGAUUUUAAAGUGCGUUAAAAAGAACAGUGCCCGUUUUUAAAACAUUAUUCAUCGAUCUUUUGUUAUUUAGUGCAUCUUCGGUAUUCUGUGCUUAAAAGCAUACAACGAAAACGAAAUACCAUGAAAACGAAAAACUUUCUGGCAACAGCCGUCUGCUUGUGCGCGUCCCUUUUCCUGGGCGUUGCACAGGCGCAGGAGAACACGAUGCUGCAAAUUCCACCAUCACUGGUUGAGUGUUACAACACAUCAUUCUUUAUGAAUCGGGACAAUCGUCUUCCGGCCAACAUGGACACGCUCAUUUCGCUAAUCGAGAAGGUGGAGAACAGCUACGCCAGCUCUUCAGGUGUGCAAGCCGACAUCCGCACCGUGGCGGUAUCCUUGCUGCACCGUUUCCGCCAAGAUGGUAUUAAGAAGGCCAAUGGAAUCAACGCCGGAAACGGAGUGCUUCCGUACAGCCCAACCGGCUUCCAAUUUCCAAAGUUCAAAAUACUGCUAUCGCGCUUAAUUCCCGGAAACGCCAACAGCUUCCCCAACAGUUCCCUGACCAGGGUGGAGCGAUGCUCGCUGCAUUUUAUGCUGUCGAGCACCUUCGACACUAACCCUCGCGGCGACGAGAACACUGUGUGCAACCAACUCUCUCAGUACAGAGCGCAGCGCCUGCCGCGAUCCUUGAAGAAGGGUUUUGAUAACAAUUUCGUUGGGGACGUCGAAUGGCUAGGGGCCAGUCCGAAGAGGGGACGGUCUUCCGCGGGACUGGAGAUGGACUCCGACUGGGCCUAUGCCGGCACGGAAGUGAUAAGUCAGUGCCCCGUUGAGGAUGGCCUCGUUCGUACCCGCUGGGGCACGGUUUCGGCCGGCACCGUUAUUGCCGGAAUAGCAGCUGGCGUCCAGCAGCAGACUGUCCAGUUGAAUACCCUGUUGGCCCUGGCGUCCCAGCGGAACGCGGGCCCUCGUGCCAGACAGUCCCAGACAGGCAACUCCAUUGACAAUCGGUGGGCGGCUACUUUGGCCGGAGACCUGGCAGAAGUUGCGUUGGUCCAGGUCCCAGGGUCGAGCGGCAAUGUAGCUUCUGUCGGAGCCACGGGUGGAUGGAAUGACACAGUUUUACCCCACUGGUACUUCUUAUCGCAAGGCUACAAUCUUGAGGCGACCGAUGCGGAAAUCCGUGGCGGCCUAGAUGGCUUGAUUCUUGCCAAGAAUGUGGCCGCCUGGAGGACUCAGGCAUCCAGCCUUAAGCUUUCCCAGUUGCUUCGCAUGUACUACUCCACAAAUGGAGUCCUCAGUUCGGGGAUCAAUGCCUGCAGUAGGCAAAGCCAGUUUACAAACGUUGCGCCAUCUCAGGAAAUGGAGGCUCAGGCUAGCGCCUUUGCUCAAGUGUUGGACCGCGAGAUGCAGCUACGGGUCACCCUCACUCCGUCCACUAUUGCCCAAUUUGCUGGUAACGCCAGCCUAUCGUUGGUGACCUAUGUGCCACAAUCGUUAAAUGAUGUCUCUUGCACGGCGACUAGCAACCUUGACUUGACGGACGUCAUUACACCAAUGACCAACCUCUAUAUUUUCCUGGAUACGUCGUGGCAGUACAGCACAGUUGUGGACUAUGUCGUUUAUGUCAUCCAGCAAUUAAAUGUCCACCCCUAUGCCAGCACUGUCACCAUACUUUCGGCACAAGACGGAUCGGUUAUUGUGAACACCACAAACUAUAUUACUGAUGUCUAUCAGCAAUGGAAUGUGACGACGCAGGCGACAUAUGCACAGGGGUUCAGUCUUCCUACUGUGCUGCGGACCAUUCAGAAUCUAACACAAAACUUAAUGAAUGAAGAAAAAACAAAUUCGAGUUUGAGCGGCCAUUCUCUGGUGGCUUUAAUAAUCCCAAACCAACAAACAGUUAAUGAUGGCGACUCGAGCUACGCCACUACAGAAAUUCAGUACAUCCAAGAACAAAUUCCUGACCUGCGCUUCAUAUACUAUGGCGGUGGAAGCAUUCAGCGGUUCUCGAGCUUUGUCCGAGAUCCCUCCCAGGAUCUUUUCUCCCUGACUUUGGGCAGUACAGCGGCGACAUCUGCUGGACCCGUAGCAAAACGAAUAAUCCAAAUUCCGCGUCGCAUUAUUAACCCACGAUGUGGAUCGAACUGGUACACGAGUAGCUGGGGCACUGACCAAACGGCCCAAUAUGUGGGACCUGGCAAGGUCAACUUUUACCGAGUCUCUGCCAAUUAUUUCUUCGGAACUGGCGCCAAUCGGUAUUUAACCAUUCAGUCCCAAAAUGGAGGAAGUUACACCAUAUGUUCUUCUCGUACAUAUGCAUGGCCGCAACAGAACUCAACUACCAGCUCCACAUCAACCUCAGUUGAUCAGAGUUGUUCGCAAAUAACUGGAAGUAGUUAUAGUUACGACCUUUCGAGUGCCUGCGACGGCUACUACACUAUCACCCAGUGUCCAGACUUGUAUUUGUCAGUCCAAGCUACCUCUAACACCACAUCCUGCACACAAAACGAGUGCCAAACGCCGGACCAAUGGCGUUACAUUAUGUCCAUGGUCAAUAUGGGAUGCUAUAGCGGUGUCUCGGGCCUGGCAGCCAGCCUGCUUACAAUUGUAUUAACCUUGUUGGUUCAUAGUCUAAUUCAGUGACAGGUGUAUUUACUAUGAUAGCAGAAGAGGUUCAGCAGCAGAGUUCAAAGCCAAUCUUCCCGUCCCCAUAACAUAAACUGAUACUUUGCGGUUUUUAUUUAAUCCUAUAUUUUUUCCUAAAUAAGAUCUAUGUUCCAGUGCAACAAUCGUGAAUAAAGUUCCCCACUAGAACACCA